AUCGUUUCAUUGUAAUUUUUUAUUUUUCGAAAUAAUAAAUAAUAAAUUUAAAAUUUAAAAUGUUUGGUAGAACUUUACAAUCAUUCACAGCUAGAAACAAUGCCUCAGUUUUAAAAGGUAGAGCUUUAAUUAGCACCACCUAUAACUCUGUUUCAUCACAACCAAUUGUCCCAUCAAAAAAAGUUAGUUACUCAACUCAAGCAAAACCAUUCACCAUGACUGAAAAGAAAUUAGAAGAAGUCAGAGUUCCAAUCAAACCAACUUCACCACAUCUUACUAUUUACAGAUUACCAUUACCAGCCAAUAUCUCAAUUAUGCAUAGAGCUACUGGUGUUUCUUUAGGUUUAGGUCUUUUUGGUGUUUGUGCUACUGCUCUUUUCGCUCCACAAAGAUAUCACUGUUUACAUUGAUAUGUUAAAGGCCAGUUAUCCAUUACUUGUCUACCCAACUAAAUUCUGCAUUGCUUUCCCAUUAGUUUAUCACUUUACUACUGGUUUAAGACAUUUAUGGUGGGAUGAAACUCAAAGAUCAUUAACUAUCCCAAAAGUUGAUAAUUCAAGCAAACUCAUUAUUGGUGUUGUUAGCAUUGCUACUUUAAUCCUUACUUUUUAUCCAUUCAACUAAAAAUAUCAAUAUCAGUUUAAAAAAAUAUAAAUAAUUAAACCCAAACAAAUGAAAAAAAAAAAAAAAAAAAAAUGAUAAUAUUAUAAAAAAUAUUAUUAUAGUUGUAUAAAGAUUAAAUAAAGUAAGAAUAAAAUAUAUAAAAACAAAGUUUAAAAUAGAAAUGAUGGUUGAUAUAUACAC